AUGUACGAGCUAUACAGGACGACAGUCGUGGGCAGAGCCAUGAUGGACUCGAUUGACGAGAAGGUGCGGAACAACGUCCUGACACCCGAGCAGGGCAUUCUGAUUGCGCAGAAGUUCGAUGAGAUCAUCCCGCGGAUAUUCGAGCGAGUCACAAACACGAUUGGAUUCAAGGGGAAGAUUGUCUCGUACAACUUCGUGGACGGAGUCUGGAAGUUCCUGUGCAAAGACCUGAUGCUGAACGUGAACAACACGUACUACAACAUCCCGUAUACGCGAAUUGUGGCAUGUGAUGCCGACACGAGUGCAGACGGAGGCAGGCGAAAGAGGAGAAUCGGUAAAUAG